CAUUUCCUGUUCUUUAUGCUGUUCCUUUGAACUUCACAACACUGAAAUACAACUUCAAGAUGCUGAAGUUCAUCGUGAUGAGUGUCCUCUGCCUGGUCUCCACCUCUCUCUUUAGCACCUAUGCGGCUGCGACUGAGGCUCCCCCCACCACGGUGAGCAGAACUCGGGGACACUCGGUCUUCUUAUGUGCUGGGAUCAACGACAGAUCGAAAGUUACUGACGUUCAGUGGAGCCAGAGAUCCUCCAAAAACACGAUUGCGCAAUAUUUGAAGGGGAAUAUUACAUACUUUGGUUCUGAGGAGAUAAAACAACGGAUAACUCUUCAUCCCAGUCGCUUCUGUCUGGAAAUCCGUGAUCUACAGAGAGAAGAUUCUGAUGUUUAUGAGGUGACUGUUACAGCAAGUUCAGGAUCUGAGACUCAAGUGAUAGUGCGACUGGAGGUGUACGAACCAACAGAAUCUCCACAGAAUGAAAUAAUUACUAUUUCGAGCAGCGUGGCCAGUGUUGUUGCUGUUCUUUUCAUCAUUUGUCUGGUCUAUUUCAUCGCCAGACAAGUAAGGAGAGGUCAGCAGGCACAAGACAAUGGAGACUCACCACCAGAGACUAUUUAUGCACAAGCUCAGGAACCAAAAAGACGAGCAGCUGGCCGUCAGCCUCCGGAGGGCAUCGAGCUGAUUCCCAGGCAGCUGGAGGGCCUGGAUCUUCCAAGCACCAUUUAUGCCACAGUAAAGUCCCCUGCAACUCCAGAUCCUCGACAGGCCAGGGUCAAGGGAGCUGCCCACCGAAACCACAGGGACAGCACGAUCCAGGAGUAUGAAACAGUGAACCAUCCUGGGACUCCACGCUUUGCGUCAGUCAAGGCUGGGGGACGAGUCUGAGGAAAAUCCCAGCCAUUAUAAUCAGGAGGUGACUGUCAUACACUGUGCCUCUGUCGUUCACUAUCUUGCGAAACCAUCGCCAAGACUACUGGCUUUCCAGGACAGUAGAGAAAGAAGACUGUGUUGAGCCUAACUCUUGGCUGUUGUCUAUCUGCAGCUUAGAUAAAGACAGAUAAAUAGAUAGAUAGAUAGAUAGAUAGAUAAAAAAUACAGGAGAAAAUCUGCAGAAGUUGGAAUGCAAGCAACACACAAAAAAUGCUGAAGAAACACAGCAGAACUCAAUAGACAGACAGAUACUUUAUUGAACCCAAAGGAAAUUGCGGUGUCACAGUAGCAUUACAUAGAAACAUAGAAACAUAGAAACAUAGAGAAAAUAGGUGCAGGAGUAGGCCAUUCGGCCCUUCGAGCCUGCACCGCCAUUUAUUAUGAUCAUGGCUGAUCAUCCAACUCAGAAAGUGCACAAAUAUAUAAAUAUACAAAUAUUAGAAAAGAAGUAAGAAAGAAUAAAAUAAGUUACCUGAAACAGUCUAACAGGAGGGGGUUAUCACUUCCCCAGCAAUAGGUUGACUUAUUAUAGAGCCUAACAGCUGAGGGUGAGAAUGGUCUCAUAUAUCGCUCUUUGGAGCAGUGCAGUUGUCUUAGUCUAUUACUAAAAGUGCUCCUCUGUUCAGCGAUGGUGGAAUGCAGAGGGUGAGAGACUUUGUCCAGAAUUGCCAGGAUUUUCUAUAGGGUCCUUUGUUCUACUGCAGCCUCCAAUGAGUCCAGUUUGACUCCUAUAACAGAGCCAGUCUUUCUAAUCAGUUUAUUGAGCCUGUUGGCAUCACCCGUGUUGAUGCCAUUGCCCCAGCACACCACCGCAUAGGCAAUUGUACUGGAGACAACAGACUGGUAGAACAUGUGUGUGUUGCUUGAAUUUCCAGCAUUUGCAGAUUUCCUCAUGUUUGCAUUUUUAAAUUAACUACUGCGAAGCCUCUUCCAGUGAUGCCUACACUGAAGCUUCUUCCUAUGGAUGUUGUCUGGCCUGCUGCGUUCCACCAGCAUUUUGUGUGUGUUGGAUGUGAAGGAGAGGCCUGCAUACUCCAAAGGACCUCAGUCUCCUCAGGAAGUAGAGGGGACUCUGGCCUUCUUGUACACAUCCUUUGUGUUGGUGUUCCACUCAAGUCUGUCAUCCAUUUGUGCCCCCAGGUACUUGUAGAUCCUCACCGCAUCCACACCCUCAGAUCCUAACAGGGAGCAAUGCGUUUAGUCUUCCUAAAGUCCAUCACCAUCUCCUUUGUCAUACUGAUGUUGAGGUGCAGAUGAUUCAGCUUGCACUAUUUGACAAAGGCUGGUGCCCCACAUUUCUCAGACGUGCACCUGUCCAUGUGGGACAGUGAGAUACAAGAGAUACAAAUGCUGCUGAUCCCAGCCUAUGGCAGUAGUCUUCAUGUGUGAGGGAGCAGAGCAUCACACUUAACUUAGACCUGGUCAGCAGUCUACAUAGGCAGGUGGGAGUUAUAAGCAGGAAGGAUGGGUGCAGUUGCAGUCCAUUGUUCAGGGAGGGGGUAGAACAGAAUAUGGGUUUCUACACACAGCUUGGGCAGUGGCGAUAUCUGGCCUAUAGUGCCCGUCAAUCAGAGGGGUAUAGCAUUUGCAAUGAAACUACUUAAAAUUUCCAAACAAUUUCUUGUCCCUUACAAAUGGAAUCUGGUGAAAUUUUAAUUGGCAGCAAUGAGAUAGCAGAACAAUUAAAUGUAUACUUCAAUUCUACCUUAGGAAAGGAAGACGCAAAUAACCUUCCAGAAAUAAUAGGGCACCAAGUAUCAAAACCACUAAGAACUGGGGUUCAAUUGUAAACAAAGUGUGAAAGCAGAGGCCUGAUUGGAUGAGGGCUAUCCAAUCAGGAGGAACGGACUACAGGUGGUAUAAAUACCACCGGACCAGACAUGCCCAGGCAUUGUCCCUGAAGAAGAUGGUAGAGUUUGUCAUUGAAACGUCGGUUAUAAUUGAUAUCUGUCCUGGCUGGAAGACUGAAAAGAAUUCAUUCAUAGUAUUGAGGAAAUUAAUAAAGAAUUGCAAACUGGUGAGUAUAAUGUUACUAAAAUGAAAAGGCUGUAACCUGUUAUAAAAGUGAAAUAACAGAAACAAUAACAGUUAUAGAGAAAGGGUUAAUAGGUCUGGAGUUUAUUCCCUGGAAUGUAGGUGACAGAGGGGAGAUAUAUUGGAGGUGUACAAAACUGUGAGGGGUAUAGAUAGGAUAAAAUGCAAGCAGACUUUUUCCACCGCGGUUGGAUGAGACUACCACAUAUGCAGCAUGGUAUCCGUGCCUCCUGCACCUUUCAGCGGCAGCAGCGAGAGCGACACUAGUCAAACGCAGGUGGACAACACUGAACACAUACUCACUUUCCACUCUCACCCUCGUUGAUUUUAAUCUUGUUUGGCGCUUCAUUCAGCAUGGAGUAAUGGAGCCGACCAUAGCGUCAUGUUCCACCGUUAUGGAUAGAUACAGCCUGCCCCAGGGAUGGCCAUAAUUGCACUAUUAGUUGUAGUUGUCUUUUGGAAAGAAAGCAAAGAAUGGGAUCUUUCUCAAGUUGGCAAGCUGUAACUAGUCACAUGCUACAGAAUCGAUGAAUGAGUCUCAGCUAAUCACUAUUUAUGUCAAAAAGUUGACCAAAUGGAACCAAAGGUCAUAUUUUCAAUUUUGCUGUUGAUACUAAACUAGAUGGGAUCGUGACCACAAAGGAAGAUGUAAAGAGGCUUCAAGAGAACUUGGACCAGUUGUGUGAGUGGGAAAAACAUGGCAGAGGUGGAAUAUAAUGUGGAAUAUUAUGGUAAUUCCACUUUGAGGCAUACAGGAGAAAGGGAGAGCACUAUUUAAACAGUGAGAAUUAUGUUGAUGGGACCUGGGUGUUUUUUCUACUCAAGUCACCAAAGGCCAACUCUAAGGUGAAGAAACAAUUUGUAAAGUAAAUGCUAUGUUUCCUUCAUGAUGACAGGAUUUGAGUGAAGGGUGACAGGGGGACUGAGUUCAAGAGCCAUGAGGUAACAUCGCACUCUAUAAAACUCUAGUUGGACCACACUUGUGUUCAGUAUUGUAUUCAUUUCUCAUUGUCCCAUUAUAGAAAAGAUGUGGAUGCUUAGAGAGUUCUGAGGAGAUUUACCAGGAUUUUGCACGGAUUAGAGAACAGGUCCUAUGAGGAAGAGUUGAGUGAGCUUGUGAUUUCCUCUUUGGAGUGAAGAAGGAUGAUGACUGGCACAGACAGAGUGGACAACCAGGACACUGACGGCCACUGCCAGCGGGCACCCAUUUUAGGCUGACUGGAGGGAAAAUUAGUGAAGGUGUUAAAUGUAGGUUUUUUUUUACACACAGAGUGGUUGGUGUCUGGAAUGCAAAGCCAAGGGUGGUGGUAGAGGCUGAUGGAGUAGUGACAUUUAAGAUGCCCUGAGAUAGGCACAUGGCUGUAAGAAAAAUGUGCAAUUAGGUGCUGUGUAGGGGGAAAGGGAUACAUUGAUUAUAAAGUAGGUUUAAAUAGGGUGGGACAACAUUGUGGAUUAAAGAGCUGUUUUAUGGAACAGAAAAUUACAAAAUUCUUGCAGGCUGGAUUCAGGGAUGAGGCUUCCAUUGGACAAGGAGCUUACAGUCAAAGAUACAGUCUUCAGAUAAGGAGAUGACUGAGAUCAUGAAAUACAGAAGAAGAAUUAGGCCACUUGUUCCAUUGAGUCUGCUCCACCCUUCCAUCAGAGCUGAUUUAUUUUCCCUCUCAGCCCCAUUCUCCUGCCUUCUCCCAGGAUCCUUUGACACCCUAACUCAUCAAAGACCUAUCAACCUCCACUCAACUAUACCCACCUAUAGGAGCUUCCAGUCUUGUUCCUCCCUUCUCCAUGUUUCUGUAAAGCAAGGGUUCCCAAAGUGGUGUUCACGGAUCCCUCGGUUAACGAUAGGGGUCCAUGGCAUAAAGAACUUGGGAACACCUGCUGAAAAAGUUAUAAUCUCCCAGUCUGAUGUAGCUAUGCCUGUCAUGAGUUCAUGCACCAAGACUGGUGCAGUUUUACAAUGAUCCUAUCAUGGUUAUUGGAUUUAAUGAGAAUGCGCACAAGAAAAUGAAUUUCAGGAUUGAAUGUGGUGACAUAUACUGUUUGUACUUUGAUGAUAAAUUUGCU